GCGGAUUAUGGCGACCUACACAAUCUUCUGCUCUGCAAAAUGACUGUAAGGAAGUUAAAAUGUCACACGGUACGCAAGAGUUUGGGACGUUAAAAAAGCUUGAAGCAUCUUAGCGAGUUGCAAGACGAGAUAAGACAGCAGAAACUAAGAUGGCAUCGUCAGGGAGUGCAAUGAGCGAUGUCUCUGCAUCAGCUCCAGUCCAUGUAAGAAUUGAUGCAGGAUCUAAAGCGGAACAAGAUCAGAAAAAGAGCAAAGCGUUCAUCACUCAACCAAGGACAGGCUCCAAACUCAGCGCCACUACAGAUGUAACUGGUAUCAAUUAUUCACCGGUGCCAAGUGAACAUAUUCAGUCUUCAUUGAAAGGCAGGAGAGGAGAACGUAGCAGGCGGCAACGGUCUCUAGCUCAGGAUCAGACUGCCGAUGACUCAGGCAUUGAUGAAGAGAGAGCAUCACCUGAUGCAGAGGGAGUACAAGAAGCAAGAAAUGAAGGCAAACCCUACUCCAUUCCUGAAGGAUGGCCACGCAUUCAUGACAAGAUCUUCAGACGUCGUGCCCUGUUCUUCCGCAAGCCCGCCUCCACCAGUAUAGACAAGGCUAUCGAGCAUCUCCACAAGCUUCAAGAUCGCAUUGAGAUGUGGAGUCGAGAGGUUGAACUUGAGAUAUACAGCAGGCGUUCGUCAACGGUAGCAGCUAGUGUAGUCAGCUCAAGAUCAUCGAGUAUAAUUGAGGAUUCAACGAGCAGACUGACAGAAGGUUCUCCUGGACGCAAGCAUCUGAGGUUUGUCUCGGACUCUGCACUGUCUGGAAGACCAGAUGACGUAAGCAGCAGCCUAAAUGAACACUCCUCAACUAUACGUUCUCCUCGUAGUUCAAAGGCAUUGACAGCUGCUAGCACUAGAACUCAACAGCUUUCUGUACAGGGAAUGGGUGCAGUCAUGCCCAAAGCUGCUGAAAAAUCCUUUCUGGCUGAUAUUGCAGCGAGAGAUAUCGAAGAUGAAAUUCCUCAUCUUGGAGCUGAGGAGAUCAUUGAUGAAGUCAUGGUCCUCCUCGGAAGACUGGAGACGGAUCGUUAUGAUGCACAAUCACUUUACGACAAGGAAUGUAAGAGGGUUAAAUGGCUUCAAGCUAAGAUAGAUAAACUUGCAGCAAGGAGAAUGUACGAACUCCCAAGAGAAGUUCAGAAAGAGCAUGAAGCAUGUGCAACAGAUAUUGCCGAGUUGAAGUGGCACUGUGCGUAUCGUUCACGUCAGAAGGCGAGAGUCCAGACUCAGGUGGAGACUGCUGAGGUCAUGAAUGCCAGACUGAUGGAAGACAUCGCCUUCGUACAGAAACACUGUCCUUUGGUUGAAGAGAAACUAGAGCUUGAGAGAGAUGCUAUGAAGAGGAUUGAUGAAGCCCAGGUUCAGACAACUGAGAUGCUGAACCAAACUUACGAGAAGCUGAAGAGAACCGAAGAUAAGUCUGCCGAGGCUCAUGGGAAGGCAGACAUGGAGCGCGCUCACAUUAAACGAGAACUUGAAGCUGUUCGAGACGCACUACAAGAAAUCAGUACGGAGCUGGAAGAGACAAAAGCUCUUCAUAUGUCAUAUUCUCAUCAAUGCAAUAGUCUUAGAGUGAAACUACGAGAGAAUGCCGAAGAGAAGAUUGUACUUUUGACUAAGUGCGAGAACGCGAAAGUAGCGGAAAAGAUUCAAUCUAAGAAAGUGAAAGUCAUUCAAGAGAAGAUAAUUGAAUCAGAGUUCCAUCAUCGCAAACUGGCAGACCAUAACUUCCAGUUAACGAGCCAGAUAGAAAGAACGAGAAAUCAACAAAACAAAGAAGUUGAUGACCUUGAGAGUGAAUCCAAGAGGAAACUUGCCGAGCUUCGAGGAAGACAACAACGAUGUCGACAAAUGUCCAUGGAGAUUGAAGAUACGGAGCAAAAUCUUAAAGAUUGUUCCAGACAGAAAGUGGCCGAUGGUAAAAACGUUGAACGUAUAAAGCGUGAGAUGAUUAAGGUAGAUACCCAGCUUGGUGUGGUUGAUGAGGAAUUUGAAAAGAUCAAGGUGAUCAACACGGCAGUACGUAAUAAACUGAUUGGAGAGGAAGAUAAAGCUCAGAUGAUGGAAGACACUUUGCAGGGUACGUCGGACAGUCUGAGGAAACAAGUCAAAGAAGAAACUCACUCCAGGACAGUCCUUCAGGCCCGUAUUGCCUCCGAUACCUCGGACCUAGCUAAGCAACAAAUAGAGGCAAAGAAGAAGAAGGCUAAAGUAUCCAAGAAGGCGUUUGAGCUUGAGCAGAUUGUAUCCAGAAUACUGGCUGAUGUUAAGGUGCUGAGGGAAAAACAUGCAGAACGGCAGAAGACCAUUGCAGAACUAGAAGAAGCCAGAGCCGACCUAAAAACAAAACAUGAAGAAACGGAGUCAACGUUGAUGGGAAUUAUAAAUGAAAUCAAACCAAAGUGUGAAGAACUCAAGAAGCAGAUAUUGGACUUAACAAAGCGUCUUGAUUACAUGGGCUACCGCAGUGAUCUGAUCAAUAGGAAGCUGUUAGAUAUGGCCAAGUCUCAAGGUUUCAUGCUUAAAGUCAUCACAAGUACAGAGGAGACUAUUGCUGAACUCUCGGAGAAUCUUGAGGAGAUCACGAUACAGCUGAACUCCGGUCAGAAACAACAAGAUGGUCUUAAAGACUCCUUGAGUGAAGUCACCCAGCGGAUUCAAGAAGGAGGUAGUCAACACUUGGAGCAUAUGAAGGCACGCAGUGAGGUCUUAGAAAAACUAGAGAUUGAUUUGAAGGAGUGUCUGAGACAGAAUAAGACGCUUGCCCACCAGUACAGACUCAAACAACAGGAGCAUCUUAAAGUCAAGGAGAAGUUCUUAGAUGGCCUAGAGGGUCGGAUUAGUCUGGAGUCAAGCCUUAAAGACCAUAAACAGCUAAGUGGACUACAAUUCCGUCUCCACCACGCCUUAGUCCGUUACUAUCACAUCAGAGGUCUCUUCAAUAAGAACGAGUUGAUGCGAUUUGAUGAGAUGUCCGCAGAGAACGCCCAUCGUAUCCAAACUCUACAGGGUGACAUGGACAAUGCUAUAGAUACUAUAAGUCACUUCUUGACCGAUCAACUUGAUGGGACGGCCGCUAGUAUGGUCCAUGCAGCAGCCACGGCAGCCAUGAUGAAAGAUGAUAGUGUACUUGGAGUCACUGCUUAAGACAGCUCAAAGUUGAAAUGCACCAAAUUACAGGUGAUAUAUGAAAUACAGAUUACUAUUUAGUUUUACCCCAACAAGCAUUGUAUACUCAGUACUUUUCCCCGGAGCUCUGUGAAAACAAAAUCCUCAUGCAUAUUACUCGGGUGGAGUUCAAACCCACGACCGUUGCAAUUUUAGAGUAUUAUCACUGGACCACCGAGAUUGCGCGGUAGCUAGAGGCAGUGCGAAUGCUAUAAUCCCACCUGAGUAUACAGAGCUUAACAUACAUUGAUUUAA